GAAAAAAGAAAUAAACACGCCCAGAUACAUACUCUGAUGCUUCUUUUUAAAGAGGGCCAAUGCGUACCUUCCCGUGAUUCCCCUUAAUUACCCCUUCUCCUUCCACCUUCCUAUCCCUCCACUCCUAAAUCUCUCUCUCUCCGAUUCAUCAAUCUGAAGAAAUAAUUUCUCACUUCUAAUCCUCAUCUUCUUCUUCAUCAUCAUCAUCAGACCUCAAAUUGGAUAGUGAUUCAAUCGAUUCGGUCCUAAAUUUGAUUCGAUUUUAACUGAAUCUGAUGGAACCAAUGGUUGUAGAGAUGUCUUCAACGGUGAUCUCGAAUCCUGUAAUGUCUUCUGACAGAGUAAUAUCAAGGAGAAAAAAGAGUAAGAAAAGUUUGAGAAAUCAAACUCAAAACAUUAGCAACAAUAACAGCAACAGUGAAACUCCGAGUAAUACUACUGAAUGGAAAACUCAAGCUCAACAGCAAGUUUACUCUUCAAAGCUACUCAAAGCACUCCGUGAAUUGCGGAUCAGUUCACCAGCGGCGGCGGCGAAGACUUCAUCGGUGCCGGCGCCAAAAGGAGGUCGAGCCGUACGUGAAGUUGCUGACAGAGUCCUUGCCGUUACUGCUAAAGGACGAUCCAGGUGGAGCCGAGCUAUACUUACAAACCGGCUCAAGCUCAAGUUCAUGAAGAAACACGCCAAGCGGCAGAAAAUGGCGGUUUCCUCUACCAGCCGGUUACCUAGGAAGCCGAGAGUGGGGAUUUUGAAGCUGAAAAAGAAGAAUUUGCCGGCUUUUCAGAAAAAAGCUCGAGUUUUAGGACGGCUUGUUCCUGGUUGCCGGAAACAACCGCUGCCGGUGAUUCUAGAUGAAGCUACCGAUUACAUAGCAGCUCUUGAGAUGCAAAUUCGAGCGAUGAGCGCUUUAGCUGACCUACUUUCUGGUGCUUCCUCAAGUACUACUGCUCCUCUUGAUCAGCUCAGCUCGAGUCGACCUCCUCCUAUUUGAUGAUUUAUGGUUUUCUUGCUUUUCUAUUUUAUCUAUUUUCUUCUCUCCCUUUCUAUGAAUAUUCCUCUGUUACAUAUAUUUCUUCUAUCUUUUCAAGUGUUGGGACAAUAUUAGUAAUUGAAUUAUCAGUUAUAUAAGGCAGUAAUAAUUUUGCUGGUUUUGAAA